CUGGGUACCGUCUCUGACAGAACUGCCUUACUGUCGUUGACUGUUGAAAGCGUCAGCCGCGGAAGUCACAUAAUUCUCUCCAAGCGAGUCGGCUGAUUGAAGACGAGCUCCUGCGGAUCGAGGCCAUGGUGGAAGAGCUGACGCCUUUGGACUGCCUGCUGCCUUCAGGCACACAGAAUAUCUCUCUGAUCAUUCUGAACCAGCCUCUGGAUAAAGACUACCUAGACGUCCUCUGGAGUAAAGCUCUCUUGAAAGCUUGUGCUGAUGGAGGUGCCAAUCAUCUUUAUGAUGUCACUGCUGGGGAUCGCGACAGCUUCGUCCCCGACUAUAUCAGCGGGGAUUUUGAUUCCAUUACUUCCGAGGUUCGAGAUUUCUAUGAAGGCAAGAGGUCCAAACUGAUUGAAACAGAAGACCAGGAUCUUACAGACUUCACCAAGUGUCUCGACAUCAUGGUGACGGAGAUCCAGAGGCAAAAGUUACAGGUGGAUACCAUAGUGGUCCUGGGCGGUCUGGCGGGCAGAUUUGAUCAGAUCAUGGCAUCUGUCGAGACGCUCUACCAUGCGAUGUCCAGGACAACGCUCCCUGUGUUGAUUAUACAGGGGACAAACUUGGCAUAUCUACUCAGACCUGGCAACCACAGACUGGAAGUGAACACAGGUUUGGAGGGCGACUGGUGCAGCCUCAUUCCAGUCGGUGGACCUUGCAAAACUACCACCACCGGCCUCAAAUGGAACCUGAAUAAUCAGGACUUGCAGUUUGGGGUAUUGGUGAGCACCUCCAACACCUACGAGCCCACCGAGACUGGAAGCCCCCGGAAGGCUGUUACUGUGACCACAGACAAGCCCCUGCUUUGGAGCAUGGGCAUCCAUAAAAAUGGGGAAUAACACGAGUCCAUCCAUCUCGACGCAAACAGCUGGUCUGAAUAAGCUGCUAAUCUAUGGCCCUAUACAAGUUAUUUCCAGCAGAAAGGGCCAAAAGCACAAUUAAAAAAAAAAGUAUUGACUGAAAAGUGUUUUGAGUAAUAAUCAAGAAGGUCCGCUUAGGUGGAAAAGAAAAAAUGUGAAAAUCACUGAAUAGCAUAUAUUUUAUCUCUCUACUCCAUAGUGGCCAUCCUUUCAAAUGAUAAGCUACUGAUACUACAGCAGUAACUUUGACAGAGACAUGAACUGACGGUUGCUAUCGUAUGUUACUGUGAUUGUGCCUUAUUGCCUUGGCACUAUUUAGCGCUAAAUGAACUGUUUAAUGCUGCCUUUCACCUGCAUAUACGCAGGUAUCAUCUCUGUAUUGAAGCCUCCAGUAUGUGCCUUUAAAAUCGUAUUUCACCGUUCUCAUUAAAGAUCAUUAUUUGUCAAAUAAUUCCUAACAUCUCAUCUCAAGCCAUCAAUGCCCUUUAAUGAAAGUUUAUUACUGUACUACUGAAAGUCAAAAAAAAGGCAAAAAAAUAAAAAUAAAUAAAUAAACAAAAGUGUUGAGUACAUGCUGCAGGGGUAUUGGUAGUAUUUGAGUAGACAGGACAAAUCAGCGUUUGGGUCUCCGUUUGUUUUUUUAUUUACAGUCAAAUAGAAACGUUGAGCACAGAAUGUAAAAAUUCAAUCCCUUCAGUCCCCCAUCACACCAGCCCGAUAACACCACGGCCUCCUGUCCCAAGAUAGUGAAGUUUGUGUUUUUUGCUUGAUCUCGAUUUAACCAC